AUUGAUGAUAUAUGGUGGAGUCGCAGAUGGUUCGAGUGUGAAUAAAAUGUUUCGUAACUGUUGAUAUGUUUUCCUCAAGAAAGAUAACGUUAGAAAGCUAAGCGAGAUAGUGAAGACACCCAAAAUGGCUGAAUGGGUCUUUAGAGUGCUCUGUAUUUCUUGGUUUACAUUAUGAUUAGUCCGAACAAACAGAGCAUUAAUACUACGAUGAAAUGGGAUAGUACUGAUAGUUGUAGAUUGCAUUUGUGUGGUAACCGGUUUGCAAGAGUUUAAAGGCAAAUUUUAAACGGGUGUUGGAGCUACAGUGAGACUAGGCCCAGUUCAGAAACAUAGGCUCUCCGUCAUGCAGGACCGUAACGCCAUACAGGGGCUCUCGUCCAGCCAUAAACCCAGUUGAAUGUAUGCGUUACAUUAGAUUAUUAGAACGGUAGUGUGACUCUCAGAGAAAACAUUUACGAAUACAAGCGAACUCAAUUCAGAGUGAAAAUGUGCAAUACUCGAAGCGAUUUCCGACAAACUAAACAUCAGCUUCCAUGUCUUAGCUUUUUAGAUGUGUUUUUUGCGAACCAAUACUGACAAUAUGGCUAUUUAUAGGUUUUCAUUUGACUCAGUUCUCUGCUUUCAUAUGUUUACAAUUAUAUAGUCUACAUUUGUUUAUAUGCUGAUAUAAUACAAAAGUUUUCAGCCCGAGUGAGAGUAAAGGUAUUCUAUUCUAUUCAGUGACCAAAAGUUUACAUGCCGUGCUCUAAGUCUAGAUAGGUAGAUAGAUAGAUGACUUUAUUCAUCCCUGAGGAGAAAUUAGGUUGUCAUAGCAGUCUGGUGUAUUUGAAUACAAUAAAACACACAAUAACAUGAAAUACUGAGUAGAAAAAUAGAAUAGAGAAUUAGAAUAAAAUACAUUAAAGGACACUUGUGUGACACUUGUCUGCUUAUCCAGACCAUUUAUGUUGAGCACAAGCCGAUGCAUGCUAUAGCUGUAUUUAUUCAGCAGAUUGUAAAGCACUUUAUAAAGUCAGAAAUACUGAGGCUUGGAUGUUUUGUUUUCUGCUGAAAAAAUGUUUUUGUCUGACACAUUUCUAUUUGGGUAAAUUCCCAGUGUCCUUCUACAUUAUUGAAAUUUAGGGCUUCAUAAACUAUUAACUGCAAUGACACAUUAGAGGAUUGGUCAUUGCCAGACAUGUGCCAGUCUUUUACUGUAUCUUUACUGUCAGAUCACAGUAGAAAUCUUGGAUGGAUCAGCUUUUCUCACAUUGUCUCAUUUAGUUGGAAAUGACAUGUCAACCUGCAUGCUGUAUUUUCCUCAGUUAAAUGUAGCAUUGCUUAACUUUGCUUUAACUUCGGACUGUUAGCCUCCUUACCCGAUAUCUAUUGAGCCUCGCUGUGCACAGAGACAGUAUUUCGCACCUUGCUCCUACCCUGCCCAGUGCAACGUUCUCCGUCGCCAACAGCAUCAGAGGGACCCAUUUCAUAUUUGGAUCCGUGGCUGGUGCUGCUGCAGCGGCAGUGCUCGGAUUGGCUCAGAUAGAGACUCAGGCGCAGAUUGCUCUCCAGCAGCUUGCAGCUCUAGCGGCCAUAACUGUUGGCAACCAGUGUCACGGCAACAACGGGUUUGCUGCACCGUUACCUCCUCAUCUGACUCUCCUAAAUCUUAACAGGCAGCGGGUGUCACCUGCUGGGUUUAAUGCAAACGUUAAAACUUACAGAAACACCCAACCGUUUCUCUCUGUUGCCAUGUACCACCACCACUCUCAGCAACAGCCAGGGGUCACAGGAUCACAGCCCUUUGCUAAUGGAGCAAGGCCUCCUCAUCAUCAACCACCUCCGAAUCAACACCAGAAUCACCCGGCGUCUGACAUGAUGUCUCAGGUGAUUGGUUUCCAGUUUCCCCGUCCCACUCAGCUCCCUGAUGAACUAGAGUCUGCCCUGGCUAUCCGUGGUGCUAGGGACAUGGACCACCGCCUCAUCGACCACAUUAGCCGACCAAACCAACACCAGAACCAAAGCUCUGGUUCUGGGAUCAGUCAACAUGGAAGCUACAGCUCAAACCCAGUAGCACUCACCUCGGAUAAUCAGCCUGCCCACCAGCAAGCAGUGGACUGGUCAAGCUACCAACCUCCAACUAAACUGUUUGCCAGUCCUCCACCUAGUGCUACCCACCAGCCUCAACAACAGCAGGGGCCUCAACAACAGCCCCAAAGCAGCCACCCUGGAACAAGCAUCACAAGCUGGACCACCCCUGUAAGCGACUCACCGUCUCCCCAAGCCCGACACCCACAUGGUGCUGGUGGUGAUGGUCAAGGUUUGUACACACCGGAGAGUGCUGGAAGUAUCUUGGCUAGCUUUGGACUUUCAAAUGAGGACUUAGAAGUCCUGAGUCAUUACCCUGAUGAUCAGCUAACCCCAGAUACUUUGCCAUUUAUACUUCGUGACAUCCAAAUCAACAAGUCGGGUAGCCAGAAAACUGUGGCUUCUACUUCCGCAUCCUCGUUCUCACGCACCAUUCGUGAAAUGCCACUGCCUCCUUCCUGCUCUUCGCCAUUGUCACGUUCACGCUCUCCAGAAGUGCCCAGCCUUCUUACUGUUACUCAGACAGCAGGUAAAGUCAUUGACUAUGGUCAUGCCAGUCGGACAAAGGAUGAGAAUAAUACCAGAGAGACUUUCAAAAGAGAGCAGCUCUCCAGUGAAAGGACAGUUAAAAUCUUCCCUACAUCACCAUCCUCCUCAUCAGCUCCAAAAGCAGACAAACCUGAAAGGCGGCAGGUGCGUCUGGAACAGAUUGAAUCAAGCAAGCAUGGAGACCGGGAUUAUCGCAGGACGAGUAGCGACCAUCGCAAGAGCAAUCGGUCUCCUGGGAGAGAAUUUCCACCAUCAGUCAAAUCUCGUAAUCUCGAUCGAGACUACAGGCAUGAAGGACCCAAACCAAAGCCCUCACCUGAAACGACUAAUGAGACUUCCUCAAGACGGUCUCUCUCCUCCUCAUCUGGCUCAAAACCACGCAGCAGCAGCAAGAAGUUACCUACCCCUGCCAUGAUAAGUGAUUUCUUAGGUGCUUCUUCAAAGGUGUAUCCCCAUACCUGCUCCUUGUGCCACAUACAGUGCGAUCAGGAAAAGGACUGGGUUGACCAUAUUAACACCGUCAACCACACUGCUGCCUGCAGAGACCUGCGUAACAAGUACCCUGACUGGAAACCAAAUCUACCAAGUAGGAGCGGACAGUAUGGCAGCCGGGCUCUGUGGGAUCCCAAGGAUCACUCCCCGUCCCAUUCUGCAUCUCGAUCCCUCUCUUAUUCUCCUUCCCCAAGUCCUCCUCACAGCAGACGCAGGGGGGGCCGCCACCCCCACAGGCCACACGAAAGGCUUCACUCGUCUCACCAUCACCCUCCCUACCAACACUACAUAGGGGGUUCCUCUCACAGCAGUUUGAAGCGUUUACAUGAUGACUCGGCUAAGUUCCCCUCUGACGCCAGCCGUCGUCCAUCCUCCCAUCCCAAGACUGGUCAGAGCUCUAAACGUGGAGCGUUACAUUCCUCCACCAGAAGUGUGAAGAGCAUGUUGAAGCCUGGAAUCAGGACGAUCAAAACAGCUAGUGCCAAGGCUGCUGACACAUCCUCCAAGCCUCCACCAGCCAAGAAGAAGAAGAAGAUGGUGACACUCACUUCCCAGGACUCCUCUUUUGUAGAUCGUCUGGUUUAUCUGACAGGCAUUCCAAAGGAUGCAUCAGAACAAGAAGUUACCGACUUGGUCAGGUCCUUUGGCAAGAUCAACAAUGUGAUCCUCAUGCCAUGCUCUAAGGAAGAUAUCGAGAAAGGGGAAGGUCAAAAGGCAUCAGUAUGCAUGGUGAAGGCUGAACAUGCUCAGGCUCUGGCUAACUCCACAAACCUGUACAUUAAAGACCAGCAAAUCGCUGCUUCAGUAGCCAAGAAACCUGAUGCAGGGCCAUCAUCUGAUGCUAACAACAGCAAACCUGGGCCAGGACAGGACAAAGGUGCCGCAGGGGAAGGCUCUGGGGGUGAGGCUGGCCAGAAAUCUUCUGAUGAGAAGGGCAUUGUGUUGAUCACAGGACUUCCUGAAAGCGACUGGUCAGAGAGCGACAUCAUCAAGCUUGUCCAGCCUUUUGGAACUCCGUGUGACAUCAUCCUGGCAAGACAUAUUGGAAAGGUACUCGUGUCAGUGCCAAACAUGGAGAUCGCUCAAGAGGUGGUGAAAGUGAACACCUUCAUGCCUAUGAAGAUUAAAGACUCUGAGCUGAAGAUGCUUCAUCUCAAACAGUAUAUUGGUCUCAGCACACCGGUGGCUCUCUACAAUCUUCUGAUGGGAUCCGUGCAUCCACUAAAGAGCUCAGUUCCAGUAGGCUGGAGCAGCCUGUUAGUCAUCAGUAAUGUUCCCAAUACACCAUCCGGCUCCUCUGAGGUCCAGAGACUGGUGCGGCGCUUUGGUACUGUCAUCAAGACCCUUGUUCUCAAUAGUAUGGUCAUUUGUGAGAUGGCAACGGCAGCCAUGGCCGUGUCUGUUUACAAACGCUUCCAGACGUUCCCAUGCAUCAUCCAGAACAAUCCACUGUUCUUCUCCCGCAAGCCAGACCCCAAAGCCAGCACACAGACCAAAGUCAUCUCUGCACACCUUGAUGCACCUGAGGAAAUGCCGGCAAAUGACAAAGGCAAUAAAACAGCUGCAGACAAAGAAGAGAUUGCACAUAAAGAGGAUUCUGAAUCUCCAUUAGAGAAGAAGGAAAAAGACAGUGCUGAGAAGGAUGAGGAAAAGAGCACAGAGGAGACAGUUGGUGAAGACGAGGCUCUGGGAGAAAAUAGGAGCAAAGACGGUGAGGACAGAAAACAAGGGCUUGCUGAUACGGUUUCUGAGUCUUUAGCUGCACCAGAUGUGAAACCAGAAGCAGACUUGGAGACAGAUGUGAAGGAAACACCAGCUGCUGUGGACUCAGGAGAAGACAAUAAGGACCUCAGAGCAUCCGAAGCAGGAAAUGACCAGACUCCUGCUGGUGAAGAGAUAAAGCCAUCAGGCUCUGAUGGCAAAGCGGCUUCUCCAGAGAUGGCCGUGCCAGAGCUCCCAAAGGUGAAAUAUCCUGAAAAUGUUACUCAAGAAAUGGUUAAAGCUCUGCUUGUGGAGUGCCGAACAAGAACUAACCAGCCCAACAACACUGCAGCAUCCACUAAUAGGGAACAGGGGGAAACACAAAUGGAGACAGACCAGGGUGAGAAAACAACAGAGGAGACCAAGGAAAUGCCUAAGAACCAUGCAGAGGAAGAGGAGCUGAAGAAGCAGGAGAGGGAGCGAAAAGAGAGGGAGGCAAGAAAGCAGAAGGAGAGGAGAGAGAGGGAAAGGAGGGUGUGGGAGAAGGAGAAGGCCAAGAAGGAGAGGGAGCGGGAAGAAAGAGUCAAGAGGGAGCGAGAGAAGAGGGAAGAGGAAAAAAGGGAGUGGGAGAGGAAGGAAAAGGCGAGGAGGGGCAGGAAAAGGGCAUACGGUGAAGGUUCGUCAGGACUGAGGUCAUCUCACAGGUUGGAAGGAUCCAAGCAGAGUUCUUGGAAAGAUGAGAGGUGUUCAGAAACUGAGAGCAAAACGGUGGAGGAGGACGAGUCUGAUGAGUUUCCAUUCAACAUGAGUGACUUUGUGACGGUGGAUGAAGUGGGAGAUGUGACCGACCUACCUUGCUCUCCUUCUCCCACUGCUCCCAUGGAAACCAUAGAGGAAGACAGUCCCACAUCUGUCCGAAAGGACACACCCUUGGAGGUUUGCACAGAAAUAGGCAUGUCAGAUGCCACAGCAACCCUGGUGAAGUCCAGUGAGAGCAUAUCAGAGUCUGUACCUGUGACUGUGCUGACAGAUGAAACUCCAGAUGUUUUGGUGUCUUCAAAUUUGACACCUGAUUCAGUCACCACUGCAGUGACUUCACAAUCUGACUUGGACAGCAGCCAAACAAAUGUCCAAACACCUCAACCAGAAGCACCAGAGACAGAAACCUCACUGACAGCGGCUCAGGACCCCACUACUGAGGUUCAACCCUUUCCCACACCUAUUCCUGAUGCAGAGGACUCCACCUCAAACAACAUGGCAGUGGAAAUAGGGACUGCAGAGAGUGAGGGAAACACAAAAGAGGACAGUGGUCUCAAUCAGAGUCAGGAGAAGGAGGAGACGCCGGUGGUGGACAAAACAGAGGAACACAAGAAGAUCCAGGUUGAAGAAAACAAAGAGAUGGGAGCUCCUGCUGCAGAGACAGGAAAGAGUUCACAGUCCGAACACCAAACAAACACUGAAAAAGACAGCGUGAGGGAGAAGCUGAAGACUGAAAGUCCAGUGAGCACAGCCUAUUCCUUGGCACCGUUUGACCCCAGCAGCCCAGUUGGUAUGGAGUUUUUGGUCCCAAAGACAGGUUUCUUCUGUAAGGCAUGUAAUAGGUUCUUCAGCGGAACCAAAGAGGCAGAAAUCAGCCACUGCAAAACCCUCAAACACUAUGACAACCUACAGAAAUACUUGCAGACCAAGAAGAUAGUGAAUGUCACUACCAAGCCUGACUAGCUGAAUGUGGCUGUCAAACUCCUGGCUGAAAUUAAAAUUGAGUUUUUCUUUUGUAUUUUCUACUCAUUUCUCUCUAAGGGUCCAGAUUCUCAUAUUGGUGUAGAUUAGUUUAAUUUCUUGUCUCCAUUUCAAUGUGUGCUGAUGAUUUCUCAUGUAAAAUUGAAAGGAACACGUGGAAACUGACUGGCAGUAAGUCAAUAAAAUGUUUUUACUUAAUUGUCUAUUAUUACCCAU